CCAUGCCAGAGGUCCGUGUGUCGCUCGCUGUGCUGGUGCCGUGAGAGGCGGGGGCUGAGGCCGGCCGGGGCGGAGCUGGCGGCGGCCCAGAGGAGGCGGCACGGCCGCAGCAGAGCCGGGGCUCAAGGGCACAGCGAGGCUCGGCCGGCGGAGCGGCGGCAUGCGGCGGUGUCGGGGCGCGGGGCUGGCGGCGCUGGCCGCGCUGCUGCUCGUGGCUGCGGUCAGAGCCCAAUUGCAGCAGGAGCCAUUCCUGGAGAUCGUCGAGGGCACCAGCAUCAGCAUCAAGUGCUCACACCCCAAUAUUCGAACUGGCGAUUUCAUCUAUUUCUACCGUCAGCUGCCGGGCCGAGGCCCCGAACUCUUGGCCAUGACAGCUAAAGCAGCCAAGGAGGUGCGAGCCCCUAAAGGGCGCAUGACGGUGUCGGCAGAUCGGCGUUCGAGCGCGCUGUGGCUCGCUGGGCCCCGGCGCGGGGACGCGGCCGUGUAUUACUGCGCGCUGGGGGCCCGGCCAGAGCAGCCGGGGCUGCGGCCGGGCACGAACCGCGGCGGGCGGGGCCAGCAGGGGGCGCUGCCGCUCCGCCCGCCGCCCUCCCGGGCCGCCGCUCCGCAGCUCCUUCCUCUGCCCCGAGCCCGCAGCACCGACAGCGCACAGCCCCGCACGGCCCCCAGCCCGCCCGCAACCUGCGCUCACACAGUCCCCCCACACAGCCCGGCCUCCCCUCGCUCCCGAGCCCGACUCUGCCUCACACCGAACUGCUGCGGGCUGCGCCUCUGCCAGCGCCUCUCGCUCUCCGGCCACGCAGAGCUGGCCGUUGCAGCUGCGGAGGAGAGGACUGCACUGCGAGCUGCGCGGGAACAGCCCCUUGCCAUCACUCAGGCCCCACGGGCACGGGAUGCUCACAAUGCCAAUGGCUGA